AUGGCCUCUGCUGAUCCAGGGGCCUCGUCUAUCUCUGUCGUCGUCCGCGUCCGGCCCUUCACCAUCAGAGAAGCUGCCCAGAUACAACGGAUAGAUGACAGCACACUCUUUCUCGGCGACGGCUCUCUUGCCGGCGCCCCUCAGCCCAAGCUGAAAAGCAGCGGCAUUCGCUCUGUGAUCAAAGUUGUCGACGAGAGGUGCCUGGUAUUUGAUCCGCCAGAGGAUAACCCGGUACAGAAAUUCUCGCGCUCAGUAGUACCACAGGGAAAGAAAGUCAAGGAUCAGGUCUUCGCUUUUGAUCGCGUCUUCGACGACAACACGACACAAUCAGAGGUGUACGAAGCCACUACGAAAACACUCCUCGACAGCGUCCUUGACGGAUACAAUGCCACUGUCUUCGCCUACGGCGCGACAGGAUGUGGAAAGACGCACACCAUCACGGGCACCGCCCAAAUGCCCGGCAUCAUAUUUCUAACGAUGCAAGAAUUAUUCGAGAAGAUUGCAGACCGCAGCGAUGAGAAGCACACCGAAGUGUCUCUGUCAUACCUGGAGAUCUACAAUGAGACAAUUCGCGAUUUGCUUGUCCCUGGUGGCAGCAAGCAGGGUCUCAUGCUCCGCGAGGAUUCGAAUCAGGCCGUCACUGUGGCCGGUCUCACAAGUCACAAGCCCAAGGACGUCCAGGAGGUUAUGGACAUGAUUGUUCAGGGCAACGAGUACCGAACAGUUUCGCCCACAGAGGCCAACGCCACAUCGUCCCGAUCACACGCCGUCAUCCAGAUCAACAUUGCGCAGAAAGACCGCAACGCCCCUGUCAACGAGCCCUACACCAUGGCCACUCUGAGCAUUAUCGAUCUUGCAGGAAGCGAGCGUGCGAGUGCUACCAAGAACCGCGGCGAGCGGCUUCUUGAGGGUGCAAACAUCAACAAGUCUCUUCUUGCCCUUGGUAGCUGCAUCAAUGCGCUCUGCGACCCGCGCAAGAAGAACCACAUUCCAUACCGUAACAGCAAGCUCACCCGCCUGCUCAAAUUCUCUCUUGGCGGCAACUGCAAGACGGUCAUGAUUGUUUGUGUCAGCCCCUCGAGCGUCCACUUCGACGAAACCCAGAACACCCUUCGCUAUGCCAAUCGCGCCAAAAACAUCCAGACCAAGGUCACCCGCAAUGUCUUCAACGUGAACCGUCACGUCAAGGAUUUCUUGGUCAAGAUUGACGAGCAGAUGGCUCUCAUCAACGAGCUCAAGGCGCAGCAAAAGGACGCGGAGAAGAUAUUCUUCGCCAAGUUCCGGAAGCAGGCAGAAAAGGCCGAUGGUUGUGUGCGCGAAGGCGUCCAGAGAAUUCGUGCCGCAUACGAUAACUCCUCAUCCGAGCGCCAAGAGAAGGUCGCACACAUGAAGAAGCUCCGUGGUAUCGAGCGCCGCAUCGGCUUACUCUCAUCCUGGAUCGCCGCGUUCGACACCAUCUGUGACACCAGGGGCGAUGAGAACGCGAUGCCAGCCAAUCUGUCCGCGUUGCGGAAAACUGCGCACGGGAUCAUGCUUGAGCUUGAGAACAGUCGUUAUCACUUGCACCAGAAGCUGGACAAGACACAUUGGGAACGCGCUAUUGACGUGGCCUUACAACACAGCAUCAACCAGCUGCCAGCAGGUGCAGGUGAAUUCGGCGAAAUUGAGAGAUUAGAGCUUGAAGCUGAGCUUUUGAAAUCGAAGUUCACAAGGGAGGCCUACAGAGAAGUCCUCCAGCAAGACAAGACUGGGGAUGCGGGAACACUGCAGGUACUCUUGACUGCCCAGUUUGAGAUUUUGACUGCGCUUUCAGACACCUCGUCCAUGAAUGAGGACGAAGCGGUUGCCCAUGCCAAGGGCAUUAUAAACAAGCUUCUUGACACCGGCUUCACCGCCGCGGGCCACGUUGUCAAGCCGGAUAGCACCAUUCCGCCUGUCGAGACCUUUGCCCCGGCGAAACGAGGAUUACCGAAACGAAGGAGGUCGUCCACGGCGCCCCGCGAAUUGCUGUCCCGGGCUGUGCAAAACCCCAGACUGGCGGCCGUUGCAGAAGACGAAACGACGGAAUACGCAUCGCCAAUGAAGGGGUCACCGCGGCGCCGCAAGGCAGGCAGUGCGCGCAAAAGCGUGAGCUUCACGCCGGUCAAGAAGAAGUCCCCAUCCAAGCGUGCAGUUCGGUGGCGCGACGAUGAUGGCGAGUCAGGGACAUUAGCGGACUUUGCUCUCACACCUCGAAAGUACGAAUCCACGCCUGAACAGAGCUCACCCGAGAGAACUCUUCUGGCCGCCCCUGCUGCGCCGGCGUACCUUGAGAACGACUCUAUGGACGAAUCAAGUCCAUCCCUGGUCAUCCCAGAAGCUACAUCGCUCCCUGCGGCGAAGCCAAAUCGCUUCCAAGCGGGCUUCCUGUCGAAGUCCCGGCCGUCUAUGGGCAUCGGCUCGCCGAACGCAGGAAACUCCUCUAUCAUCAUGAACUCGACGGAGCCCGACGAGCGACCGAGUCCGCUGCGGUCUUUGGACUUGGCGAAGGCUGCUAACAUCAGAUCGCCAAGAACGCGAAUCGCCUCUCUAAGCCCACGACCAUCUGUAUCGCCUUCUUCAAGUUUGCCCGUUCCUUCCGGUUUUGCGAUUGCCUCGAUGUCGACAGUAGAUGAAAACCAGCCUCCUUCAUCCGACUCGGAGUCUUCGAGCAUGAUCGAUCCGUCCAAGCUACGCUCUGCCCUUCAUGCCAGCAAGCGAAGAGACCGGCUGUCAUCUGCUACGUUCACGGUCCCGGCAGGCUCCAGCAAUCGCCGCGUAUCCUCGAUCAGCUCGAUCGGUGGCUCGACGCAUAGACAGAACCACAACCAUUCCGGUCCUCUCUCUUCCAGCGCAAACGGCAUUUCUCGCCUUCGUCGAGGCAGUGCAGAGCGGCGUCGGAGUCCUCCGAUCAGCUGCUCACCGUCUGAUCUGAGUGUCCGGGAAGCCAAAUCAUUCACCCCUGGUCAAGCUAGGCGCAUGAACUUUGGUGGCAGCGUUCGUGGCGCCAUUGGAAGCCCCGGCGAGCACAGCGAUGCUGCUGAAGCUGGACGUACGACUCGUCGCAUCACUAUUGGUGGAGCGGCGAUGGGAGGUGCAGCCCGCCGUGGCGAUGGCCGUGGCAACAUUGUUUGGCGGUGA